AUGUCCGAAUCUACUAAUGAGAUAUCAAAUGUAAAUGAUGCUGUAGUUUUUCUUAAAAAACAAGAACAUGAUUUAGAACAGAUAGAGAAAAAAGUAAAGCAUGCUAAACUGUUACGCAAGCAAAAACAAAAAACAUCUCAACUUAAUAAUUUACCAACGCUAGAUAAAAUAUUAAAAAAUCGUUCAGUGUCAUGUUUUAUAAAAAAACGAGCUUUUCAUAAUAAAAAAUUACAAACGGCAAAGCCUAAAAAAGAACCAACUUUUUAUCCAGUCUUACUAGUUGUGAGGUCUGAUUACUCUGCACCGCCUUCUUCCAUAGUUAAGAACUAUUUAGAUAAUUUUAAGUUAAAAAAAGCCAAUACCGGUGUAUUUGUUCGAAACAUUCCAGCAAAUGAAAAAAUGAUUAGAAGUUUAGGUAGUUUUGUUUUCUACGGCGCUUUAUCUCCUGAAACAAUAAAAUCUAUAUUAGUUAAAAGUUUUUCUGUAAUGAUGGAUAAUGAAAUCGUCCCUGUUAACAACAAUAACAUUAUUGAACAAGUUUUUGAAGAGUUUGCUGUAUUUUCAUUAGAUGAUUUGAUAAAUAAACUUUACUCAAAUGCUGAAUUAAUUGAUUAUUUAGCAGAUAAAAUGUUACCUAUUCAGUUUAAUGACUACAAAAAAAAUAGUUUUAAUAUGACUACAGCAAACAAAACAACUGACAAAGAAAACCAAAAUAACAACGGUUGUUAUUUAUCAUUACUCGACAUAAGUUCAGAAGAUGCUAAUCGUCUAACGUACAUAGUCAACACAGACAAUCCUAAAAAUAUUCUUCCGGAACCUGAAACCGUAAGCUCGGAAGUACCAAAGUCCCAGGUUUUAAAAGCCAAAACACUCACUUUGGUUAACGAGCAAAAAUCAUAUGUUCCAUUCACUGUUGAGCGUAUUAAAGAAGUUCCUGUAAAGGUUGUAGUUCGACGUCCUGUUGAAGUAGUUCAAAUAAUUGAAAAACCAAUUAAAAAGCAGAUAAUAAAGCCUAACUGCAUUCAAACCGACGAAAUUAUUGAAAUUGAUGUUCCUUACGAUAUUGAAAAACGUGUUCCAGUUCCCGAUUAUCAUGACACUUCUAAACAAUACUGUGUCGCUCAGACUUGUAUCCCUGUCAUUAAGAACAAGUUACAUGAACAAAAGGGGAAAACAGUAUAUACGCCUAAAGUAAAACUUUACGAUGUAUACAUUCCAAAAGUUGUAAACAAUUCAUUUGAAGUUAUUUCCAAAAAAGUUAGUUAUAAACCAGUUAGUGAAUUGAUCAAAGCGGUAGAUCCUAAUGGACCCAGGAUUGUCCAAUAUAUUGAUCAAUGGGCUUUAUAUGCGAAGAAAUUUCAUACAUGGGAUUUAGAUGAUACUUUAAUGGUACGAAAUAUGCCAUAUUCGAAGCUAUUCAUUAAUCACGCUUUCCUUUAUUUAAAUCCAGAUACAUGCAAACUUCAUUCAACUGAUACAAACGGUGAUUUCUCUUGGGGUUCAGCGUCUGAUACAGAUUCUGAAAAUCCUGAUAACAACAAUAGGGGUCUUCCAAUUUAUAAAGGAACUAGAGGUUGGUUUGGUAUGUAUCAUUUAAUUAGAGAAAGAUACCCAACAGAACAACAAAUUUACUUUAUUCCUGCAUUAGGCGGCUGGUCUCUUUCACACGGAUUCCAAAAAUGUUUAACAUCGAGUGAAGAGCUGGCUAAAAAAUCUCUAAAUGGCAUACUUACGGCUAUAAAACACUUCAACUUAGAUGGUAUCGAUUUUGAUUGGGAGUAUCCUGGAUGUGCAGAGAAAUGUGGAUGCCAAGGCGAAUAUACUUGUAAGAAGAUGGGUAUAAACACCGGUAACGUUAGUGGACCUGACGACUGGGAUAAAUACUUUGCAUUUUUAAAAGCUUUACGCAAAGAAUUAAAAGCAUUAGCUCCUAACAUGGGAAAGAAGCAUUUAUACGUUUCUCUCGCUGUUGGUAUGAAUUACGAUUUGUUAGCAGGAGGUACUUCCAAAUACCCAAAACCAACACCAGUCGAACAAAUUUGUGAAAGUGACGAAGUCGAUUUUGCAAACCUCAUGGCUUACGAUUUUUUCGGAGCAUGGGUAGGUAAAACUGGUAGUCACGCCUUAUUAUACCCUAACCCAGAUCAGCCAGAAGAACAAAAGAUGAGCCUACACAGUGCUACAAAGAACAUUCUCUCACGCUGUUCUGAUCCUUCAAAGCUUAACAUGGGUUUGGCUACGUACGCUAGAAGCUGGAGAAAGGUACCGAAAGGAGAGGGAAAGAUUCCUGGACUAUAUCAAACCUCUACUGAAACUAUUCCAGGUACUCAAAAGCUAGAUGAAGGUUGGUUACCCGUUACUGAGUUAGAUAAAUUUGACAUCGCUACUGAUGGAGAGAUCGGAGCCGUCAAGACUGGUAGUUUUCCAUGGUUUGAACUCGUUCAAAACUGGUUUACUAAUAAUUCUUGUGAAAGACACUGGUCUCCAAACCAUGAAGCUCCAAUUCUUUACUGUGGGCAGAGUACUACUACUGGAUCUGAUACUGAGGUAUUCAUUUCUUAUGAAGACCCUGAGUCUUGGUUCUACAAGACAAGAUACGCAAAGGCCUCAGGAAUGGGAGGUGUAAUUCUCUGGACUGGUGGUGAUAUGGGCAGCAUGAUCCAAAACACUGCAGCAGGAACUGAUAUUGGACGACCACUCUGGUCUUCCAUUUUCCAAGGAUGGUUUUAUGAUUUAACUAAGGUUGUUGGUGAGGCAAAAUACGACACUUCUUUCAAUAUUGAGAACAAGCGAUAUCCAGUGAUUGCUGACUUAAAUGAUUCAGCUUGCGCAGAACUUAACAAAGACAGCUGGGCUGAACCACUUUGCUCAUGUCCAAUCAAUGCUGAGCAACGUCUAUACAAGAAGAACCCGGGAGAAACUAGAAAGUUUACUCAAAUGCAACCACUUUGCACUAGUGAAGGUUUAUUCAAUGAUGUUCAAUGUCCAAACUGUGCUCAAACUGGAUUUGGUGUCACAAUUACUAAAUCAACCAAAGAAAUCAAACAUUCUGCUCCUGAAGCCUGUAAGCGAUUAGAAGGCUUGCCAGCACCAACAGAUUUACACGAUCCAUUGAAGAGCUACACAAUUAACCAAAUGAAUAAGUGUGAAAGUAAAAAAGACGACAACGAUGACAAAAAACAUCAUUGUCCAGAAGGAUCAAUAGAAAACAUUUUUCUCAUGCGUAUAUUUGGAUCAGUUCAUGCAUCAUUGAUGAGAAUACGGCCAAACAGUUAUGCCUCUUAUUAUUUAAUAUUAAAUCCAAGCAACCAACCUUAA